AUGUUUCUCGAACGGCAGCUCACGAAAUUUUCUCUUUACUGUGCACCGAUACCCCUUGGUGAGAUGCAAGCGCGACAAAGUAGUGACGAGUAUGACGAGCCACCUCCGUCUGCAAAUAGCUCUUCGACUUCCAUUUUAUCCGCUGAAUACACACCGCUCAGCCCCUCUGCGGCGGAAGACGCGCUUGUGGACCUAGCCCAUCCGUACACUGGUGUUCUAGACUUGCCAAGUGGUCGUAAGGCGGACGGACUUAGCUUCCAACCUUGCGCCGCGGCGCGAUGUCAAGAUCGUUACAUUAUAGAACAGUUCGCCAUUCGAGGGGCUGGAGAUGCAUUAUGGACGCUCACAGGCGUCUUUGACGGUCAUCUCGGCGAGACCACGGUAGAGCACGUCGCACACCACUUGCCCGUGAUCGUCCAGGAGUUUUUAGAACGGGCGGUGAGGGAUCAGGGACCUACGUGCCUCAAGAACCCGACGAUCGUGUCUACGCUGCUCAAACGUGCCUUUUCGUCAUUCGACCGCGACAUUGCGAAUGACGUGCUGAAACUCUUCCCUGGCGGCGUCGCGUCGCUAGAUCGGCUGAGCGAUGACUACAUCCGGAGUGUCAUCAACGACUACGGAAACGGCUUGACGAACUACAAAAAAGUGCAGUUGAACAUGUACGGCACCACAGCGUUACUGGCGCUUGUGGAUCCCCGACAGGAGAACCUGUGGAUCGCGAACCUUGGCGACUGUCAAGCGGGUGAGCUUCUAACUGAGGUACAUAACGGCUCCAAUCCACGAGAAGUCGACCGUGUUAGACGAGAACACCCGUCUGAGCCCGAUUGUAUCAAGAACGGUCGUAUUCUUGGAACAAUUGCGCCUUUCCGCUGCCUCGGAGACCAGCCGUUCAAGCAGCCAGCGGCCUUUACGCGUCGCAUACUGUUUAAUCUUGACACGGGGGCCGAGAACGUUGACGACUCGCGAGCAGCAUGGGCGCAGCUCAUAGACCGCGUACUGACUCCACCGUAUUUAUCCGCAGAUGCAGAUGUGGUGCAUGUGCGCCUUGACCGCAGCAAGAGUAGAGUUCCAGGAGUGCCGAAUCAGUUUCUAAUUCUAUGCACGGAUGGCCUUCCAGAUUUGCUGGAGGGCGUGCCCUCCAGAGGUCACGCACAGUAUUACGUGGAUUCAAUCGUGGAGGUUGGAGUUAGGGAUGGGCGAGCCAUAUUUGACAGAUCUUUGGGAGGAGAGGACAGUAAUGCGCUUUCGCAGAUGAUCGCAUGUGCAAUUCAAAAUGCUGCACGUACGUCUUCGUUGACAACAAGGCAGACAUUGGCACUGCAAUCUCGGUUCUUCUCUUCAUCUACUCCGUUAGGCGAAAAUGCUCAGCCCUCGUCCUCCUCUUCUCCCCAAAUCUACCUUAACGAAGAACGCAAACGAAAGCUCAUCUCAAUCUACCACCAAGCCGAACACUUCAUCACACACGAAAAUCUCUCCGAUUACGUAGAUCGGGAAUUCAUGGACGCUACUAAAUUUACAACCGUCUUUCCUGAGGACGGCAGGGCCAUUUUAGAGGGAGAGCUCAAAAACAAACGGGAGCGUCCGAAAUUGAUUACCGUGCAGGGGGCGGAUGUGAAUAAUAGAGACAAUAGGUGGUUUAACGAUUAUAACCGCAGUCAGGAUAAAGAUAAGGGCGAUAAGAUCGAAGGCCGGGAUCAUGUAACUCGACGACGGUUGAAGGCAGCGGUGUUUGGUGUAGACGAUUCAAGUCAAGCUGCAUUCGUAGUCGUCUACUUAUUCGAAGCUACGAUCAAGUUCAAAGGCCGCGACGCGCUAUUUUUCGCGUCUGAAACAAAUACUCGUGCCGAUACGCGAGCGCUCUGGAAGUGA